AUGUUUUAAUGGUAAAUCCCAGCUAGUAAAUAGGAUAUUAUAGUUAACUCAAAAUCCUUUAACAAGAAGAUUAUAAAAAGUCAAAUAUACAAGAACUUUUAAAAUUUAUGGCUGAUCCAAAGCUCUAAAAGCUUUUAAAUGUAUAUUUAUUUAAAUUUGCUACUUUUAUAACUAUUUAAAUUAGUUUUUUAUUUUCUUUUAACAACAAAAUAGUUGUUCCUUCUGAGUGCUGUUAUAGAUACUUAUUUUAAACUGAGAUUACACUACUUUAGUAGCUAAUAUACUUUUUUAACUUAAUAAUGUAAUUAACUAAGAUACAAGCCUAUUAGAUUGAAAUUAAUUGAAAAAUCAAAUUUUUUGCACCUUAGAUUAAAUAAUAUUUGCGAAUAGCUAUAUUACAAAAAUUAAAUUAAUUAAAAUAUCAAAAAAGUAUAAGCUUUACUUAAAUUUAUGAACAAAAUUAAAAACAUAGUUUUUUUCAUACUUCUAGGAGUUAUUCUUUGUUCUUUUGCCAAAUAAGAAUAAAAUUUAAUCAAAGAGAGAAUUGAAGAACAGGAUCAAGUAUUUAUAAAGAAAGAGAGACUACUAUAAUCAUGCUCUCCUUCGUGUUUAUAGUGCAGUAAUAACUUUUGUUUAUAAUGUAUGGAUAAUACAGUUCUACCAUUCUGUUAUUGUGCAGAUGGUUUUUAUCAAGAUUCCUUUUAAAGCUGUAAAAAAUGUGGUUAAAACUGUAAGAACUGUUAUCAAUAACAAUGCCAAAUUUGUAAUGAACACUAUUAGGUAGAUAAUGGUUUAUGCGUUUGCAAUGGAAAUUGUGAUAAUACUGUCCUCUAUUAUACAACUCGCGUUGGAUCAGGUUUAUAGAGCAUAGUCAUAACCUUUAAUCAAAUAAUUGGUAUUUAAAAAACAACUUCUCAAGAUAUUAACAGUGCAUUUAGUUUAUCUUAUGACAACUGCUCUAUUCUUAUUAAAGAUACUUAAUAAAUUUAUGGAGUUUUUGAUGCAAGUGAUUUAAAAUAUGGUGGCUGCUACAUUCGGUAAUCCUAGCAAAAUCAGUUUAUUAUAAUGCUUACCUAGAAAUUAGAUUAAACUAAUAUUUUAAAAGCUCCUAUUAUAGAUUCUACUUAGAUUUUAGUAUUUAAUGGAAUUCCGCUUUAUAAAUCUUUAUAAUAAGGAAGUGUUGCAACAACCACAGAAACAUUUAUAGGAUCAUAACUAGGUUAUAUAUCUAAAAUAUGCUAUUUUGAAUAAUCAAAAGUUUUUGCUUCACUAUCUGAAAGUAAUUUAAAGAUAUAGAUUAACACAAUAAAUAAUCUUUCUAGCAUUUUUUAAGCUAGCAGCGGAAAUAUAAAGUGCGAAAUAGUAAAUUCCUCUGUACCUUAGAUAACUUUUGAUCCUUGCUCAUCAUAAAAUGGAUUACAAAUGACAACUUAAUAAUUUAUAGAUAAAUCUGUACUUUAGGUAAGUGUUGAGUGCUCCUUUUUAGGAUAUAAUACUAAAGACAUAGUCGAAAUAGUUUUUACAAGUUAAAAUUCAUAAAAUAUCAGAAUCGAGUAUAAUGAUUUAUUUUUUACAUCUAACUUUAAAGAUAGCUUUGAAACUAAUGUCUCAUUUUUAUCAGAUACUGUCUUAAAAUAAAUUUAAUUUAGCUAUAUUAUAUAUCCUGCUACAACUUUUUCUGUGUCUUCUUAGCUAUUAUAAGACCGUUAUAAUUCUAAACUUUAAAUUAUAGGUUCUAGUGUCAUGACAGAAUAAAUUAUCUUUAUUUAGCUUAUAGCAUCUGCAUAAAAUACAGUAUCUACAUUAUAACUUGCAGUUUAAUAUUUGAGCUCGUUUAGUUUAGAUGUGGAUUAGAAAGUUAUCUCGAAUUUCUUUCCAAAUAAAGGCUUAACGAUUAAAGCUAACUUGGUUGAUAACGAUGUCACAAUCCUAGAUAUUAGUUAGUUUUAAUUAUAAUGGUAUUGUAUUUCGGAAGACACUCAAACAGAAUGCAAAGAUCGCAAUUAAAAUAUUAUCGUUUUGGGAUCCUCUUUAACUCUACAAGUAAAUCCUAAAACAUUUAAUUUGAAUGGAAAAUUUACUAUAUUCAUACUAGCCAAAAGAAAUACUAAUCCAAAUGCAUAGCAAAUUGCUGUAACAAAGCUAGAUACUGGAUAAACUUAGCUCACUAUAGUUACUGAUAUGAAUUCCUUAUAAUAAAUUAACUAUUAAGAUAUUAUUUUCAUUGAACUAAAAUAUGAAACUAAUUUAUACAUAACAAAUCAGUCAUAAACCUACAAAGCAAUUAUUUUAAAUUCUCUUACUUAAAAAAAGAAAACAAUUGAAUCGAUUUCUAAUAAAUUAUCAUUCAUUAUUUAAGAUCUCUUUCCAAAUUUAGAUAUGACUGUUCAAAACAAUUUUUAAAUUUAAUUUUAAGUUUAUGAUUAAACUUUAGAUUAAAUUUUUUCUUCAAAUACAUAUGUUAUGCAAAUAAGAUAACCUCCUUAAGGAUGUAAGCUAGCUUUAAGUCCUUAAGCUGCUUUUCAAAUAAUUACUAUAUCUGUAAAUAGCUGUAAUUUGAAUGGGUAAGAUACUUAGUAUUAAUUUUUCUAUUACUCUAGCAAGGAAUAGUAAGACUAAGAAAUAUAAACCUCAGGGAUAAUUGUGAACAGAAGAAUGCUAAGCCUAAUUUCGUAAAAUACAUAAAUCACUGCAUAUUUACCUCCAGGAAAUAUUAUAGUUAUGGUUAUUACAAUUGGACCUAAUAACCUUAGAUCUAAUUUUACACAGACAGCUACAAUUCAAGAUAAUAAUUGGAGCUAAGCUGAAUAUGAGAAAUACCUAUAAAACCAAUACAUUUAAACUUAAUAAUAAUCUACAAAGUCUAUUUAAGUUUUUGGAUAUUAAUAUAUCACUAAUGCAGUGGAAUACUAUGAAUCUUAAAAUCUAAACUAUAUUCCCUCAGAUAGCAUUAACUAGUUAAAAAAUUAGAUAAUUCAAUAGCUAAUAGACUCAUCUUGGCAAAAUGAAGAUGACUAAGUUUACUUGCUUUCAACUUAAAUUAAUAUUAGGAUAAAAUAAUCAAAAAUAAAAAUAACUUUGAGUUCUUCUUUAGCGUCUGUAAAUGCUAUUGAAAAACAAGUUUAAAAUAUUUUACAAAAAAUUAAUUAAUCUCAAUUAGAUAAUCAACAAAGAUAGUAUUAUUAAGAAAUAUUAUCUUCUAUUAUUUAGAAUUAUAUGAAGGAUAUGAAUAACUUGAAUAAUUGGACACCUGAUAACUGCCAGAAUGCUAUCGAAUAAUCAAACAACAUCAUGUAGGGUAUAGCAGAAACAAUGAUUGUGAAUUAGUAGCCAAUUCAAGUAAUUACUGAAGGAGAUUCCCUUUUAGUAGAUAGGGUAAACUAUAUCACUUUAUUGUCUAAGUAUUAUGACGAUAGCAAAAUUGAGCCUGACCAAUCUUAGUAUAGCUAAAGUUAUUAUGUUUUAAUUUAGACAUGGCCAACUACUCAUCCUUUAUAUAGGGAUGAAUUAUAAUAAAUAAAUGAGCAAUAUUAUUCAAAAUCUACCCCAUAAUAAUUAAGUCUUCUUCAAAAAACAUAUCCAAUAAUUAUACCUAAAAUACUAGAAGACGAUAAAAGAAGAAGAUAACUUUCUACUGCAGAUGCAAAUUUACCAGGGCCUUUUUAGUUAUAAUUCCCAACUUAAGAUGAAAAACUGUAAUGCAUUUAGAGAAAUUUAAAUGGGUAAUGGGUAUCUAAUAGUUGUAAAACUUCAAUCAAGAUAAUUAAUUAGUAAAGAAUAGUUAAUUGCUCUUGUAAAACUCCUGACCCUACAUCUAUUAUAACAGAUAUUACAGACCUCUUUAAUAACCAAAAUGUUUAAGACAUCUUUAAUGGAGAAGGUUUUUGGAGAAUAUUCCAUUUAAGUAAUUGGUAUGAAUAUGCACCAAUCUGGACGAUAAUAGGGCUUAAUAUAUUUUUUAUUGCACUCCUAAUUAUUGGAUAUAAAUAUGAUAAGCUUGACGAACGUAAAGAUUUAAAAAAGGCAUUCUUAUUUUAUGAUUAUAAAAAAGGAGAAUCCUAAACUAUUGGUUAAGAAAGCUUAUUUAUGUAAAUUAAAAAUUUACGAACUCAAUAAAAUAAAUUAAGUAAUAAUGUUCUCAGCCUAAUCAAUUCAUAAAAAACAUAAGAACAUUUUGAAGAUUAAGAGGUUAAUAAUAAUAAUAAUAAUAAUAACAACAAUAAUAUUAAUAAGGUUAGUUUGGAAUUUAAUAAAAAAAGCAUAUUUGCUAAAGGAGACAAGGUAUACUUUAACAAUUAAAUAGUUUAAAAUACACCUAUUAUCAAUUAUAAUAGUGAGCAUUUGACAAGUUUAAAUAUUAUUUAAUAAAAUAUAAGAGAGGAAGUUUAAAAUGGUAAUUCAGAAUACCAUAUCGAUUAUUAGACUAAAGUUUUGAGUGAAAAAUUAAAUCUAAAUGAUUAAAUAAUUCAAUAAAAUGUAUCCUAAAAUUAGGAAAGUAACAAAAAUAUAUCAUAAUAAAUCUAGGAAUAAAAUUAAAAUGAUAAAGAAAAAAAAUUUGGUGAAAAAUCACAAUAAGAUAAUAAAAUAGUUACUCAAAAUACAAUUAAGUAAGGAACAAAGUUAAAAACAUAAUAAGAAAUGAUAAGAAUUGACUUAAAUGAAAGUAAUGGAUAAUUAGAAGAAAAAAAGUCACUUAGAGAUCUUCAGGAAAUUAAUUCAUCUCAAAUUUCUACAGAUUUUUAAAAGAUUGAUGAAAAAGAAAAUUAUUAGAAAAAUGAUAUCUAAAACUUUGUGUUCAAUACUAAAAAGUAAUUCAAGUAAGACUAUUCAAUAUAAUCUUCAAAUCUUGAUAAAAAAUAUCAAAAUCAUUAGUAAAUUAGUUAAUAAUAACUUCAAAUUACUCCUGAAAAUUAAGUUAAUAUGGAAAACAUAACUCCUACUAUAGAAAAUAACAAAACACUAUCAAUUAAUUAAAAUAAUAAUAGUUCAAAUCAUGAAAAUAAUAAUAAUAAUAAUACUCCUUAAAUUGAAGGAAAAACUUCUUAGUAAAUAGACGUUAAUAAAUUAUUUACUCAAGAAGAUUACGAUAAUUUCUAGUAAACACCUUAGUCAAACUAUAUAGUAGAUCAUAAUUUUUUACUAAAAACAGAUUAGAUUUAAUUAGAUUAAUUUACAAAUUAAGAAGAAAAUAUUUUAAAAACUUAAACUUAAAAUUUCAAUAAUUGGUAACUAAAAUAAGAAAUUCCGAUUAUAAAUAAUAAUUAAACCGAUGAAGAAGCUAUGAAAAUAUAGCAUAAAAAUGAAAUUUAAGAUUAAAAAGCUUGUGAUUUAAAUUAAAAUGAUUAAAAAAAAAUUGACUAAAAAAGGUAAAAAGAAAUUGAACUGACCUUAUUUUUAAAAGCAAAAGAGAAAUUAUAACUCUAUUUGUAAAAAGAGACAAUAAUUAGGGCAGCACUUGCCUAUCAUAUAUUUUUUUAGACAUUCAUAAUUUACAAUAAUAAAGUAUCUAGAGUUCUAAGAUUCACAAUAUACUACAAUAGACUGAUUUGGCUUUUAGCUAUAAAUUCUGUUUUUGGAGUCAAGUUAAGCGUAGUUUAAGUUCUAGUUUUAAGUAUAGUUUCAACUGUAAUUAUAUAAAUAGUUACCACUAUACUUAUGCUAUUAUACUUCAGAUAAAAAUUAAAAAUAUUUGGAGUAAUAAUAACCAGUCUAUUUUUGAUAUUUUGCUACUAUAGUAUAUUGGUAGUAAUAUCAGGAUAGUAGUCUUAUGAUGCAAAUAUUUGGAUUCUAUCUUAUUUUUCAACUUUAUUUUUAUCUGAUUAUGUAUUUGGAUUGGCUAUAAGUUUUGCAAUGCUUUAUUUAACUAAAAAAUAUAUAGAUUAAAUAUAAGACCCUCUAUACUUGAAUAUUCUUGGUUCUGCUUUACUAAUUUAAUCUUUUUAAUAUUGA